GCAGCCGUGCUUACCUAACGCGCGUUGCGACCUCAGGCAUUCCAGCGCGAUUCAGGCGUCAACAUCUCCCCAUGAUUUGGUGAAUGUCACACUGUCGGCAUGAGAUAGCCAUUCCACCAUGCCCGUCAUCCCACAAUACUUCCAACAAGAGAUGCCGGCCAUUUCACGAGCAGACCAAGCGCCUUUGGCAUCUUCAAACCCCACCACCACCGCCCCUCUCCCCAUCCGCAGACAUCGCUUCCCGACGCCCAAACUGCGCCUGCACCUGAACCAGCUCUCCCACGAAGGCAGCUCCAUCUUCCUCUCCAACACCAAAGGCAACGAAGACCUCGAAACGCAAGUCCAGAAUGUCCUGAAUCUCCUCUACGCCCCCGACGAUCACCGCCCCGGCACACGAUCCGUCACUUUCGUGCUAAGAUCCAUGGACGGCGUGGCGUACACCGACGGCACGGAUCUCGACUCAGACCACAAGGAGAUCCACUUCAAUCUCAACUACAUCACGGGAAUCCAGGGGGAUGCGCGCCACGAGAUGCUGGGCGUCAUUUGUCAUGAGCUGGUGCAUUGCUUUCAAUACAACGCGCGGGGCACGUGUCCCGGUGGCUUGAUUGAGGGGAUCGCGGACUGGGUUCGUCUGCGAGCUGGUUUGGCGGCGAAGCAUUGGCGGCAAGAGGCGGAUGGAAAGUGGGAUGGCGGGUAUCAGCAUACUGGCUUCUUCCUGGAUUACCUCGAGGGGCGGUUUGGAGAGGGCACGGUGAGGAAGAUCAAUGGGUGGCUGAGGGGGAGGAAGUAUGAUGAGAAGACUCUGUUUGCGGAUUGUUGCGGUGGACACGCUGUUGGUGACUUGUGGGAGGAUUAUAAAAAGGUUCUGAAGUCUCAAGGCGAAGGUCAAUCGACAGGACAUGAAGACGCCCCGCCACCAGUGCCAACACACGCAGUUUGAUCCCGACGCUCAGCCUCAGCGAGGGACCCAUCACACCGACCAAGGUAUCUUCCUGGCUGUCAGACCACCACCGUCCCAAAGUCGCACUAUGUAAAGCGUACUUGCUCCAGCGGACUUUGGCUGUCCUUCGGACGGGAACGAAGAACAGUCGAGCAGUUG